AUGCUGUGGUAGGAACAAUUUGGAAUAUUGUUUCUAUCGGAUUUAUCCUUUUUAUGGCAUCACCAUUCUUUUCGAUCUCAUUACCCUGGCUUGAUUUAUUCCUCUUUUCAACUUUUAUUUCGGCAGUUGAUCCAGUUGCAGUAUUAAGUGUUUUUGAAGAAAUUAAAGUUAACCGAUUACUGUAUAUUUGUGUUUUUGGCGAAUCAUUACUAAAUGAUGCUGUAACAAUUGUUAUGUAUCAUGCAUUAGCAGCAAUGGUCAAGAUUGGACCAGAGAAUUUGGAAGCUGAUGAUUUCAUUAAAGCACUCAUAUCAUUUUUUCUUGUGAGCUUUGGUGGAAUACUUAUUGGAAUUGUUGGAGCUGCUCUUACUGGUUUAGCUACUAAAUAUUCAAAUAAGCAACAAGUAUUACAACCAUUAAUUUGUUUACUCAUACCAUAUCUUUCAUAUUUGAUAGCGGAAAGUGUCCAUUUUUCUGGCAUUCUCGCCAUUGUUCUUUGUGGUUUAAUGAUGAAACAGUAUCUUGCUGGUAAUUUGUCAAAUCAAUCGUUAGUUACCACAAGUUAUUUUCUAAAAACUCUUUCAACAAGGUAU